UGUUGGGUUGAUACGAGAAUAAUUUUCUUGUGCUUUCCUGCUGUUGGUUGGAAAAAAGAGAAUCAGUGCUUGCUGAGAAAUAGUAAUUGCGUUACAAUAUCAAUAAUUGUUGUUCUUAUGGAGCAACAGUGUGGUGAGAAUCUAACAGAAUCAAGCGAUAUCGCAAAAAGUAUGACUUACGAGACUGCGAUAAAAAUGAAUGGACUAUCACUGUCUCAGGCAGGAGAGAAACCGAAAAUUAUAUAUUUGGAUCGAAUUUGUAGAACAUGUCUGGUAGAAAAGGAAAAGGAUCAGUUAAAGGACCUGUUCGCACAAAGUCUAGCUGAAGCAAUCAUGAACUGCUCCGGAGUUUCAAUUUCAGAAUCGGAUGGUCUGCCAUGUCAUAUCUGCAUAGAUUGCUGCAUUGAAGUAGAAAGGUGUUUCAACUUCCGACAAAUGAGUGAACAAUCGGAUGCCACCAUAAGAUCUUUGAUAGAAAAAUCAGUUAUCAUAAAGCAGGACAGUGAGACAAAGUAUGAAGUAUUAAAUGUAGUCCUCACUGAUUCGGACGGCAACACCGAAACUUCGGCCGUAGUCGUUCCAAUCGAGGAGCUGCGCUUCCAACUAGUAAAUACAAGUAACACUCCAAUUGAACAUCCUUUUCCCGAGUCGAUCAGUAGUCCCAUAGCAGAAUCGUACACAUUAAGCUCUGCUCCCUUGGAUGGCACCAUUUCUGAUGAAAAAAAAUCUCACCCAAAUAGCCCUGAAGAGGACUGUUCAUUACAGCUCAAUCCUAGUGAUCUACUGAAUGAGCCUCCUCCUACUCCUCCACCCGGAAACAGCUUGGCCAUGAAAUACAGUAUAAGCACAGCGCCAGUGAGGGAUUCAAGAGAAUCAGUAAUUUAUAAAAAUCUAAAACAGGAACUCUCUGAAUUCAUAGGAAAUAGUUGUGGAGCAAUAUCGAAAGAAACUGCAUUGGUUGAUGAUAAUGAAGACGAUGAAAUCAUUAACGUGGACUAUCUGAAAGAUGCCUUAACAGAAGAAUAUAUUCAGAACAUGGAACAUCAGUUAGCAUCCUCCGUUUCCGCUGCUACUGAGGAGGAGAUGGAACAGGAACAUUUGAACAAUUUGAUACACGCAUCAAUGGAAGCAGAGGCACCGCACUACUCUCAGAAAAACUGGGACCUCCAUCCAGAAAACACGCUACAUUGUAACGUCUGUGAUAUACAGUUUACAGAACGCCGGCUUUAUCGCAAACACGUCAAACGAAAGCAUUCCGAGAAACGAUUCGAGUGCAACCACUGCCCAAAGAAGUUUGCAGAAAAAUCGCUACUAAAGAAUCAUAUGCUUCGUCAUACUGGCGAGAAGACGCACAUUUGUGAUGUGUGCAAGGCACGUUUUUACGAAAAAUCGCUGUUAAAUGUCCACAUGCGACGGCAUACCGGAACGAAACCGUAUGCGUGUGACAAGUGUGAUAAAAGUUUUACAACUCGCAGCAUCUUAACGACCCAUCAGAAGGUGCAUAAUGAUCCACGUCCGUACUUGUGUAGCGUUUGUGAGAAAUCAUUCAAACUAUCCUGGCAGCUUAAAGCACAUGAGCGAAUACACACCAACGAAAAGCCUUUUGAAUGUCCGUACUGCCCAAAACGCUUCAAUCAAAACGGUAACCUAGUGGUGCACAUCCGGACGCACUCCGGAGAGAAACCGUUCAAGUGCAAGCUCUGCGAUAAGGCUUAUCCUAGUCAGGGCGAAUUAAGGGGACAUAUGAGGCAGCAUACUGGAGAGAAAAAGGCGAAAAAGGUUUUAUGUAAUGUUUGUAACAAAGCUUUUCCUGCGAACCACGACCUAGCCAUCCAUAUGCGCACCCACACAAAGGAAAAGCCGUUUGCCUGUAACGUUUGUGAGAAAAGAUUUAUGCUACACGUGCAUCUUACUGUGCACAUGCGAUCCCACACAGGCGAAAAGCCAUUUGCUUGCACAUUGUGCGAAAAGGCUUUUCCCACCAGCUAUCAAUUAAAAAUGCACAACUAUGUACAUACGGGCGAGAAAAACUAUGCGUGCGACGUCUGCAAUCGAAAGUUCAGCAGUUCAGCUAACCGAAACACGCACCGGAAAACGCAUGAUCGAAAAAUUUCCUGACAAAAGUAUAUGUUCGUAGGUUAAGUGGAUCUCCUUUUAAUUGUAGCUUCGUUGAUGAAUAUUAUUUCCAUAUUUGCGGUAAUCUGUUCCACCUGAUGCCCCAUCAACAAAUACUGAUAAAUGUGUCCAAGAACUUGUUAAAAUAAGAAAAAUAAUAACUAAUUAUAUCAAUUUCGGACAUUGAACUAUUUCAAUCGUGUAUCCCAAAAAUUACUGCUUAAACUAAAUUUUA